AUGGAUUCUGGGCCUCCUUGGGCUACUACCAGCUCCACCCUCGGGGGCACCAGCUCUGUCCCCAAUGCCACAACACCCUGGCUGGGCCGGGAUGAGGAGCUGGCUAAGGUGGAGAUCGCAGUCCUAGCCACUGUCCUGGUGCUGGCAACAGGGGGUAACCUGGCCGUGCUGCUGACCCUGGGCCAGCCAGGCCGCAAGCGCUCCCGCAUGCACCUGUUUGUGCUACACCUGGCCUUGACUGACCUGGGCGUGGCACUCUUCCAGGUGCUGCCCCAGCUGCUGUGGGACAUUACCUACCGCUUUGAGGGCCCUGACCUCCUCUGCCGGGCCGUCAAGUACCUGCAAGUGCUCAGCAUGUUCGCCUCCACCUACAUGCUGCUGGCCAUGACGCUGGACCGCUACCUAGCCGUCUGCCACCCCCUGCGCAGGCUGCAGCAGCCUAGCCAGUCCACCUACCCUCUCAUCACUGUGCCCUGGUUGCUAGCCGGUGUCCUCAGCCUCCCUCAAGUCUUCAUAUUUUCCUUGAGGGAGGUGAUCGAGGGCUCAGGGGUGCUGGACUGCUGGGCCGACUUCCGCUUCCCCUGGGGACUACGGGCCUACAUCACCUGGACCACUCUGGCCAUCUUUGUCCUGCCUGUGGCUGUGCUCACAGCCUGCUAUAGCCUCAUCUGCCAUGAGAUCUGUAAGAACCUGAAAGUCAAGACGCAGGCCUGGAGGAUGGAAGGAGGGGACUGGAGGACUUGGGACAGGCCAUCCCAGUCAGCCCCAGCUGCAUCCAUGCGGGGGCUGCCAUCCCGGGUCAGCAGCAUCAGCACCAUCUCCCGGGCCAAGAUCCGAACCGUGAAGAUGACCUUUGUCAUUGUGCUGGCCUACAUCGCCUGCUGGGCACCCUUCUUUAGCGUUCAGAUGUGGUCCGUGUGGGACGAGAAUGCACCUGAUGAAGAUUCGACCAACGUGGCUUUCACCAUUUCCAUGCUGUUGGGGAACCUCAGCAGCUGCUGCAACCCCUGGAUCUACCUGGGCUUCAAUAGCCACCUGCUGCCACGCCCCCUGCACCAGCUGACCUGCUCGGAGGGUCCCCAGCCCCAGAUGAGCCGGCAGCUCUCCAGCGGGAGCCUCUCAAGCCGCCGCACCACCCUGCUUGCCCGCUCCAGCUGCCCGCCCACCCUCAGCCUCAGCCUCCGUGGGAGGCCUGGGCCUGAAGAGUCACUGAAGGACCUGGAGCAGGAGGGCGGGGAGACCAUCACUGAGAUGGGUAUCUUCUAG